GUAAUCGACAUCAGUGGAAGCAUGAAAUCAGAGAUCCCUGAAGCUACAAAGAUUGUUGAAAAUAUUGCUGGAUAUACAUCGAUCGCCAAUGUAGACUAUAUCCUGUCAACAUUCUCUUCUAAACGCGGAGGAAGCAAGGUAGAUGGACGCGGAAGUAAGACGUUCGUUGGUGACGUUACAAACUUCGAUGACCGCAAGAAAUUCAUAAAUGCCCUGGACAAACUUGCCAAACGUGAGUAUCCUAGAGAGAAAAAUGAAGACUGUCAAGAACCAACGUACACCGGGAUUAUCAGAGCGAUCACCAAUGGCCAUCCACAACGUGGUUCUCCUAUGUAUGUAUUUACUGACGCACCUCCAAAAGCGUUAAGAGAUUUUACCGCAGAUAACGCCAUAUACCAUGCACAGAAAAAUAUGAUUCCUGUCAACUUUUUCCUAUCCAAGCCAUUUUGCGGGCCAAAAACAAUGGGCUCUUACAGGGUAAUAGCAGAGGCUACCGGGGGUUUAGUUCUAACAUUCAAAAAGGGUUCAUCCAUGGAACGUCUACGACGAAUGAUAAAAGGAAGUCUUGACGGUACUGCAAUCGUUGCAAGUGAUAAAAACAACAGAAAACGAGAAAUUAAAGUAUAUGACAAAGGCUUUUAUAUCGAUGAUAUCGCGCAUGAGGGGACACUUGAAGUUGAAGUUAAAGGUACUGUGGCAGAUCUGCUUAAUCCCAAAAAUGUCAAAAUAUAUCCUGAGAAAGCGGACAGUGGCAGCUUAUUCUGGACAAUUCUUAGACCGUCAAGAGGAACAUGGAGGUUUAGUUCUCAAGCUACCAAUUUGGAUUUUCAGGUUAAGUCACAAUCAAAGUUGGAUAUCACCUUGCAUUGGAGAUUCAUGAGGAGUGCAACCCAUAUAGAUCAUCCUUUGAUAGGAGAGAAAGCUAAAGUCGAAAUUGAAGUUCCAAACAUAUCCAGGUUGGAUAAAAAUACCUUGUCUCUUCCCAAUGACUGGAUACUCCUGUCUCAAAACAACGAUUUCUACACUUACGAAUCGAAGGCUCCACUUUCAGAAGAACAUUUCACAAUACCCAUGCGUGGUAAAACUCUAUCAGGGUUCGACUUUACAAGAGAGUCAUACGUCAUUCAACCCAAGAUUGCAGUCAUAACGUCUCUCGUUAAGCCYUGGUUUUCCCCCGAAGUUGGUAAAGAGUUUCGAUAUACAGCUUCCAUUGGCUACGCCAACACCCAGCCAAUGAAGUUUCGAAUGAAACUUGUAACCAAUUUCGGWGGCGACAGGCACAACGACUACUCUGAUAAUUAUAAGGACAUAAGUUUAUCUAGGGGCGUACAAACAGUUUCCUGGGCCCUGACMGCACCUACCAAAGGUCAAUUCACAGCGAAGAUUAAAUUGAAGAAUGAUGAUGUGGAGAUAAAUUUUCAGGAUGGUCCCUUCUACGUUAGGGAGGCUAACUCUUGAUUUCCUGGAAUGGACACAUACCCAAUAAAACGAAAAGAAAGUAGACACUUUGAUGGUAGUCAAUGUAACAGUAUAGUACAGUAGAAACAGAGAAUACUGUGUAGAUCAUAAAAAAUGUAGCUUAAGUGAAGAUGUAUUAAAACUUGCUGACAGGCAAUGAAUAUGAAGUUUUGUCUGA